AUGAUGCAAGCCAGGAAGAUCAAGUACGAGGUCAUCGGACUGACCGAGACGAGAGGGUACCGCCCGUUGCACGCUGUAUUUGAGAUUGGUGGAGAACUGAUUUUUGAAUCAUGCGACAGCAGAGGCGUCGGCGGCGUAGGUGUCCUUGCCAAUGCGCACUUGGCCAUGAACAUCGAUUCGUACGAAAGCCUAGCAACCCGAAUCGGAAGUUUGCGAUUAAGAAGAUGUGGCUCAACCCCAGCUCUAACCAUCUUCGUUGCCCAUACACCAACAUCAAGCUACGAAGAUUAG